AUGCCGGAACAAAGAACAUUUCGUAACAGACAAGAGAAACAAUCUAGUUCUCAAGCUGGAAAACAACAGGAACAUGAUUUUGACGAUAAAAAGAAGGAAUUCAAAGCUGCUGCUACAGAGGAAACAAGUGGCGGAAUUUCUUUAGAAGAUUUGGGUGAUGAUCCGAUGAAUUAUGAAUUAUCGGAAUCAUCAAAAAAAGCACGCGAAGAACAUCAAGCAAUAUUAGAUGAAUUUGAGCGUAAAAAACGCGCUAGAACUCUAGCUGUCCCAACUGAUGAUGGUCGCGUAAGAGCAAAGCUUAGAGAGCUUGAUGAACCACAAUGCUUAUUUGGCGAAGGACCUGGGGAUCGUCGAGAUCGUUUACGAUAUUUAUUAUCAAAAAUGGAAGGUGCUGAAUCUGUUCAUGAUGAAGAGGAAGAAACUGAAAGCGAAUCCGAAGAAGAGAAAGAGGAAGAAUUUUUCACUCAAGGAACUCAGAAGCUUUUAGAUUCACGUCGUUGGAUGGCUAGAUAUUCUUUACCUAGGGCAAGAGAUCGACUUAAUAGACAAAGGAAAGAAUACGAAUUACCAUUACCACAAUUAAAAUCCUUUAGGAAGGAAUUGUUUUCAGGGUUGAAGUCUUAUGCAAAUUUUAGUUCCCAAAUUGGAGAUGAUCGACCAAUAUCACAAUGUGUUUUUUCACCAGAUCGUAGCAAAAUUGUCACUGGUUCAUGGUCUGGAUUAAUUCGGAUAUGGGGAGUGCCGAAUUGUGAAGCAUUAUCGUUACUAAAAGGACAUACUGAUCGUAUCGGUGGAGUCGCUUGGCAUCCAGAUUCCACUCUCUCUAUUGAUAAGAGUGUGGUGAAUUUAGCAUCAGGAGCUGCAGACUCUAUGAUUCAUCUUUGGUCUUUAGAUAAUGAUGCUCCUAUAGCAACACUAAGAGGUCAUACAUCUAAAAUUGCAAAAAUUGAUUUUCAUCCUUCAGGAAAAUUUAUUGGAUCUGCAAGAGAAGUAUACGCCAUCCGUUUUCAGAAUGAUGGUUCAUUGGUAGCCACGGGAGGUUUGGAUGCUAUUGGACGUGUAUGGGAUUUAAGGACAGGUCGUUCUGCUAUGGUAUUAGAAGGACAUGUAAAAGACAUUCUCGCUGUUGAUUUUUCGCCAAAUGGGUAUCAAGUAGCCACGGGAAGUGCGGAUAAUUCAAUACGGAUUUGGGAUAUUCGAACCUUACGAUGUUGUUACACGAUUGCUGCGCAUAAAUCGCUCGUUUCAGAUAUAAAGUUUUUCCAUGGAUCUUCGUCUUUAAUCGAUGAGGAAAUGGAUAACGGUUUUAAACAUACAAUAUCAGGAUUAUAUCUUGUCAGUAGCGGUUAUGAUGGAUUUGUCAACAUCUGGUCUUGUGAUGAUUGGAAUUUACUUAAAAAAUUGGCGGGACAUGAUGGAAAAGUUAUGUCAGUUGAUAUUUCUUCAGGCAUGUAUUUUUAUGAAAUUUAUGGGCAAUAA